AUACUCUACUCUAAUUUCAGACAGUUGAUAAUUCUACCAGAUUUCAUAGUAAAACAUCAGGAAGAUAGGACUGAAAUGGAAAGAAGGGAUAACACAAAGCACAUAGGCCAACAGAUAAGCCAGACCUGGGUUUGCCACUUUGCGUAACUGAGAAUUCAUUCUUAGAGUGGAAAACUAUGAUCACAUGUACAAGGAUGUCCAUGGCAGCAUUGUUUAUAAUUGAAAACAAUCAACCUAAAUAUCCAUCAGUAGGAGAAUGGAUAAAUAAAGUGUGAUGUACUCAUCAUAUAGAAUACUUUAUGUGUAUAAAAAUAGAUAAAAAUGUGUGAACUAGAACUACCAAGGAAAAUAAAUCAUAAAACAUUAAGCUGAGAAAAAUGCAAGUUGCUGAAGAAUGUGUACCACUUGUAUAGAAACGUAAAACAUGCAAACCAAUACUAAAUAUCUUUUAUGGAUAUUUACAUAUGCAGUAAUAAUAUAGACUCAUGCCUAGGAAUGAUGAACACAAAAUUCAAGAUAUUGGUAACCUCUGAGGAAGGAGGGGAUUGAUUGUAGAGGAGUAUACAAGGAGGUUUUGACUCUAUGGAUGGUAUUUUAUUUGUGAAAAACAUCAGAAGCAAUUAUGGCACAAUGUUGGGAUUUUAUAGAGCUAAGUGGUGCAUUUCUAAGUAUAGCGUUAUUCUCUGUACUGUCUAUUUGCAACAUUUCAUAAUAUAAAAGAAAGUACAUUCAAUCAAAAUUUUGUAUUCACAGUGUGCAGUAACAACCCUAGGGACAAAGAGUGGAUGGGGGUUCAACUUAAAUCCUGUGUUUUUAUCUCAUCAACAAUGAAAAAUCCUGAACUAGUUAGGAUCUCCUUGUGAAAGAUUUAAAAUGUAAGAAAAUCUGGUAGGACUAAGAAGAGUCCACAUGUGGGAAGAAGUACAGUUGAAAGUUAAUAGGGAUAGAUCAUCCUUUCUAGCAUGGAGGAUUAUUGCAGAGGAAAAUGCCCCCAGGGUCCUGUACUCUCUCUUAUCCCCUGAAAUUACCACCAUUUCCUCUUUUGCCAAAUGUUCCUAUAAGAUGCAGAAGGGUCUGUCCCAACUACUCUUUGAUGAUAGCCAGGGGGUAUGACAAGGUGCUGAGGUGGAUAGCACCACAACUCAUUGAAGGCCAAAAAAAAAAUCCCUCUGGGAGGCAGUGAGGUCGGUGUCACAGAACAACAAGGGCUGUGGAUUCACAGAUGGAUGAGGUUGGGCAAGUCACACAACCUCCAUGAGUCUCACUUUCCUCAUCAGUUUGUUGUGAGAAAUAAAUGAAAUAAUGAGUAUAAAAUGCCUGAUAGGUAGACUGCAUUGAGAGAAACAGGAGUUCCCUUCCAUUCCCCUGGGAGGAAAAGGGAAUAGACAGACUCUUGGGGCAAUUAAUUAAUGCUUUAAAGGAGAAAUAAAGACAGAAUGAUAUUUCUUGGAUACUCUGGCUAAGUAGCUAUUUGAACUAUGACUGACUGGGUAUUUCUAAUUAGCAUCUCCUGGACUCUUCCCAAUCAUAGGCAGGCUGUGUAGUCUUCUGAACAUUGCUCUGGUGUUGUUCCUAAUAGUGUUUACCUCAGCCUGAGCGAUAAUAGGACCAAUGGUGGUUUAGUGUACCCAUCCUGUAGGAGCUUUUCAUAUUAGUUCCUUAGGAUAGUGCAGUUUGUAAGAUGGCUGAACUCUUACUAACAAGCACCCACUUUUUGAAUUCUGCUGCUCCAUAGGGAGCUGGGAGGCUGCAAACGGUGUCCACGUGAAAAUCCUUGCAUUUGUAGUUUAAUAAAGAGAACAUAAUACUGGAAUUCUAAAUUUUAAAUGAAGAGUUCUGUGUCUUUCUUUUACUUUUCCUCCUCUUUCUUUAUAUGAACAGCAGUAUGUAUGUGUGUUUGCGUGUGUGUAAUAUUCAUGUCACUUCCGGUUUCCACCCCCCACCCCCACUCCCUGAGUGAACUGGAGGGUCACCCUCACUGUGCAUCUUUUGUGGUCAAAUUGACUGUCAGCUUCAGAAAUAGUUAGAAAAAAAACUUAGAACCUUCCACAAUAAGUACCUAAAGAAGUUGUAACUGCCCUCUAAAGCAGAGUGUCCAUCACACACCAACAUUCAGGAAGACAUAAAGGACAGAUGUACCUUCUUUCACAUUAUUGGUGGAUGGAUCAGUGAUGACUAAGGAAGAACUACCACAUUUUCAGGCUGUGUGUGCAGGGACUGGAUCACAAGGAAUAGGAGGAAAUCUGCCAAAGAGGGUGCAGCUAGCCCUUAGAAAUCCUGGUAAUCCUUUAGGUUAAUGAUGUAGAGGUAGAGGCCAUUUCACCCCUUGCUCGAAGGGGUGAUGGCUAGUGAGAAGCUUGCUUACUUCCUCAUACUUAGACCAACACUAAACCCUAACCAAACACAGACAUUUGAAAGAGAAGAAGGCUUCCUCUUGUACAAACUUGAUUUGUUCUAAAAAGAAAAAGAGCAGAGGCAGCUUCCAGAAGGACCUAUCUUAUAGGAAGUAAGAGCAGACGCCAAGACUGAAGUGGAUGGAUGCCAGGUCAGAGCAGGGAAUGUGUCCAUCAAGAGCUUGCAACAAAGCUAAAGCACACAAGUGAGUUUCAGAAAGAAGAAGCGAUGGCUACAGUGAUACUGGAGAGCAUCUUUCUCAAGCGAUCCCAACAGAAAAAGAAAACAUCACCUUUAAACUUCAAGAAGCGCCUCUUUCUCUUGACUGUGAAUAAACUUUCCUAUUAUGAGUAUGACUUUGAACGUGGGAGAAGAGGCAGUAAGAAGGGUUCAAUAGAUGUUGAGAAGAUCACCUGCGUUGAAACAGUGGUUCCUGAAAAAAAUCCUCCCCCUGAAAGACAGAUUCCGAGAAGGGGUGAAGAAUCCAGUGAAAUGGAGCAGAUUUCAAUCAUUGAAAGGUUCCCUUAUCCCUUCCAGGUUGUAUAUGAUGAAGGGCCUCUUUAUGUCUUCUCCCCAACUGAAGAACUGAGGAAGCGUUGGAUUCAUCAGCUCAAAAAUGUAAUCCGGUACAACAGUGAUCUGGCACAGAAAUACCAUCCUUGCUUCUGGAUUGAUGGGCAGUAUCUCUGCUGCUCUCAGACAGCCAAAAAUGCUAUGGGCUGCCAAAUUUUGGAGAAUAGGAAUGGAAGUUUAAAGCCUGGGAGUUCUCACCGAAAGACGAAAAAGCCCCUUCCUCCCACACCUGAGGAGGACCAGAUCUUGAAAAAGCCUCUGCCCCCUGAGCCAACAGCAGCACCUGCCUCUACAAGUGAGCUGAAAAAGGUUGUAGCCCUUUAUGAUUACAUGCCAAUGAAUGCAAAUGAUCUACAGCUACGAAAGGGUGAUGAGUAUUUUAUCCUGGAGGAGAGCAACUUACCCUGGUGGAGAGCGCGGGAUAAAAAUGGGCAGGAAGGCUACAUUCCUAGUAACUAUGUCACCGAAGCAGAAGACUCCAUAGAAAUGUAUGAGUGGUAUUCUAAACACAUGACUCGGAGUCAAGCUGAGCAACUGCUAAAGCAAGAGGGGAAAGAAGGAGGUUUCAUUGUCAGAGACUCCAGCAAAGCAGGAAAAUAUACUGUGUCUGUGUUUGCUAAAUCUACAGGGGACUCUCAAGGGGUGAUACGCCAUUAUGUUGUGUGUUCCACACCUCAGAGCCAGUAUUACCUGGCUGAGAAGCACCUUUUCAGCACCAUCCCUGAACUCAUUAACUACCAUCAGCAUAACUCUGCAGGACUCAUAUCUAGGCUCAAAUAUCCAGUGUCUCAACAAAACAAGAAUGCGCCUUCCACUGCAGGCCUGGGCUACGGAUCAUGGGAAAUCGAUCCAAAGGACCUGACCUUCUUAAAGGAGCUGGGGACUGGACAAUUUGGGGUAGUGAAGUAUGGGAAAUGGAGAGGCCAGUAUGACGUGGCCAUCAAGAUGAUCAAAGAAGGCUCCAUGUCCGAGGAUGAGUUCAUUGAAGAAGCCAAAGUCAUGAUGAAUCUUUCCCAUGAGAAGCUGGUACAGUUGUAUGGCGUCUGUACCAAGCAGCGCCCCAUCUUCAUCAUCACUGAGUACAUGGCCAAUGGCUGCCUCCUGAACUACCUGAGGGAAAUGCGCCACCGCCUCCAGACUCAGCAGCUGCUGGAGAUGUGCAAGGAUGUCUGUGAAGCCAUGGAAUACCUGGAGUCAAAGCAAUUUCUUCACCGAGACCUGGCAGCCCGAAACUGUUUGGUAAAUGAUCAAGGAGUUGUUAAAGUAUCUGACUUCGGCCUGUCCAGGUAUGUCCUGGAUGAUGAAUACACAAGCUCAGUAGGCUCCAAAUUUCCAGUCCGGUGGUCUCCACCAGAAGUCCUUAUGUAUAGCAAGUUCAGCAGCAAAUCUGACAUCUGGGCUUUUGGGGUUUUGAUGUGGGAAAUUUACUCUCUGGGGAAGAUGCCAUAUGAAAGAUUUACUAACAGUGAAACAGCUGAACACAUUGCCCAAGGUCUACGUCUCUAUAGGCCUCAUCUAGCUUCAGAGAGGGUAUAUAGCAUCAUGUACAGCUGCUGGCAUGAGAAAGCAGAGGAACGUCCUACUUUCAAAAUUCUUCUGAGCAACAUCCUAGAUGUCAUGGAUGAAGAAUCCUGAGCUCACCAAUAAGCUUGUUUCUACCCCUCUCCUCCACAAGCCCCAAUUUCAUUUCUGAGGAAAUCCCAAGUUUACAGGCACUGGAUCCUUUGUGCUCUUGCUGAAUACACAAAGGCCCCUCUCUACAUCUAGGAAUGAGUCUCUUCUAUGAUUCUCUGGGAUAGUACCUUCUGAGCAAAAGCCAAGGAAUUCUUGUGCCUGGUAUUGUUCUCAGAGAAAAUAAUUUCCAGGAGUAUUAAGACAGGACUGAAUUUGGGAUGGAAAAUUUGGAGGAGGGAGGGAUGUAAAUAGCCUGACAAGGUAUCCAACAGCUCUUUGGGUAGGCAUUAGAGCUUGGGGGGCGGGAGGCAGAAUUUGGCAAGAAUAUAAUGGUGUCAUAAAAAUGGGAGGGCAGGGUGUUUUGAUAAAAUAAAAUUACUGGAAAGCA